ACGAGGAGCCUGCUCUACAAAAACCUGCUGAUCAAAUGGAGGACCAAACAACAGAGUCUCCAGGAGCUGAUCUUGCCUUUGCUCCUCCUGGGCCUCCUGAUCCUCAUCAGCACCCUCAACCCUCAUGUCUCGUAUGGCAGUAUCAGCACUAAGGAGCUGGAGUAUGAACGGGACCUCGUAAUCAAAGGUCUUGGCUACACCCCCAUCAGCAAUAUCACCAAUCACAUCAUGGAAGAGGUGGCACGGGAACUGCCUAUGAAUGAGCGAUUAGACAUGUUCUCCUCUGAGGAAGACUUGGAGAAUGCCAGUCUCUAUGAACCUGAUGGAUAUGUGGGAGUGGUCUUCUUGGAUUCAAUGUCAUACCGUCUGCGAUUCCCAUACAACCAGCUUCCUCUGCCUAGUGACUUCACUGAAUCCAUAACAAGCUGUUACACGAACUAUGUCAACUGCCGUGCUGCCAACUACUGGUAUUCUGGAUUCGUACGGCUGCAGUCUGUCAUUGAUGCUGCCAUCAUACAGAUGAAGACCAAACGUCCGGUGUGGAACGAAUUAAAAGUGCGUGCAGUGAUGAUGGGACAUCCAGGCUCAGUGGAGGUCCAGAAGUUCCCUCACGCCCUAAUCUCCAUCUACCUAGUGCUGGCAUUUACACCCUUUGUGUCCUUCCUCAUUGUCAAUGUGGCCGCUGAAAAAGAGCAGCGGCUGAAAGACACCAUGGGCAUGAUGGGACUGUAUGACUCUGCAUUUUGGCUUUCAUGGGGCCUUCUUUACGCCGCACUAGUGACGACCAUGUCCAUUCUCAUGGCUGUUAUAGCAACCUGCACACCCCUGUUCUCCAACAGCAACUUCUUUGUCAUCUUCCUCCUCAUUUUCCUCUAUGGAAUAUCCUCUAUUUUCUUCUCCUUCAUGUUGACCCCUUUGUUUAAGAAGCCCAAGUUUGCGAGUACGGUGGGUUCCAUGCUCACAGUGGUGUUCGGAUGUCUGUCUCUUUUCACUGUGCUGAUGAGAGAUUUCCCCCAGUCAGCCGUGUGGCUCCUCUGCCUUCUGUCUCCCAGCGCCUUCUCUAUCGGCAUUGCCCAGGUGGUGUAUCUGGAAGCUCAAGGGGACGGCGCAGUGUUCUCCUCUCUUGGCAAUGGCCCUCACGCCCUCUAUGUUCCUAUGGUCAUGCUGGUUUUGGACUGCAUUCUCUACUUGCUUUUAGCCAUUUACCUGGACCAAGUGCUACCAGGCGAGUUUGGCACAAGGCGCUCAGUGCUGUACUUCCUACAGCCAUCCUAUUGGUCAAAGCGGAGGAAGCGCUAUGUGGAGGUGAGCUCUGUGUACGAGAGCGAGGUGAACGGAACCCCUGUGACUGAAUCAGUGGAGGCGGUUUCUCCUGAGUUUAGAGGCAAAGAGGUUAUCAGGAUCUGUAAUAUCCGAAAAAUCUACAGAGAGAAAGACACCAAAGUGGAGGCUUUGAGAGGUUUGACUUUUGACAUCUAUGAGGGUCAGAUCACAGCCCUGCUGGGUCACAGUGGAGCAGGGAAAUCCACCCUCAUGAACAUCCUGUGUGGCAUCUGCCCUCCUACAGAAGGCACGGCAACCAUCUAUGGCACUCCAGUGGCGGAGAUCGCAGAGGGGGCCGAGAUGAAACAGCUGGUUGGUAUAUGCCCCCAGUUCAACAUCAUCUUUGAUGUGCUCACCGUAGAGGAACACCUGAGGAUCUUUGCUGCCAUCAAAGGGAUCCUGCCCUCUGAUAUUGACGGUGAGGUGAGGAAGGUUCUAAAGGAUCUGGAUUUGGAAAAGAUUAUGGAUGCCCAGGCGAAGAACCUGAGUGGAGGCCAGAAGAGGAAGCUCUCUGUGGGCAUAGCAAUUCUUGGAGACCCAAAGAUCCUUCUUCUGGAUGAGCCUACGGCUGGUAUGGACCCUGUGUCUCGACAUCAGGUUUGGUCCUUACUGAAGAGCCGUAGAGCAGGCAGAGUUACUGUACUCAGCACUCAUUAUAUGGAUGAGGCAGAUAUACUUGCAGAUCGUAAAGCUGUCAUCUCUCAAGGACAGCUGAAAUGUGUUGGCUCCUCUAUGUACUUGAAGACCAAAUGUGGGGUUGGCUACCAUCUUAGAAUGUCUGUGACCGAAGGCUGUGAGGUGGACAACAUCACAUCACUGGUCAAGAAUCAUGUUCCCAAGGCUCAGUUGUCAAGGCAGCAAGAGGCUGAGCUUACAUUCACGUUGCCUUUCGAGAGCAUGGACACUUUCCCAGGGCUGUUUGCGGAGCUGGACUGUCGACCUGACCUGGGUGUCAUUAACUAUGGCGUCUCCAUGACAACGUUAGAGGAUGUAUUCUUGCGUCUAGAGGCAGAAGCAGAGGUGGAUCAGGCUGACUACAGUGUGUUCAACCAGGAUAAGGUGGAAGAAGAGGCAGACACAUGCUCUCUGGAUGACACGGACCAGAGGCUGCUGACGUUUUCAGACAGUAGGCAGGAUGCAGUAAACGGUCAUGCCCUCUGGAGGCAGCAGUUUUGCACGGUAGCCUGGCUGCACAUACUCAACCUGCAGAGAGAGAGAAAACCUUUCAUAUACAAUACUCUCCAACCAUGAGAGCCACCUACCUCUCCAUGACCGAAGACCAGAUCAGACACUUUGGGGAGGAUUUCCGAGCGUAGAACUGAUCCGUUUUCUUCUGUCAUGCACACGUUUUGUCUGGUGUGAUUCUUCACACUCUGGAAAUAUGGACACAUGGAAAACCCUCACGCCAGCAUGUGUGCGCAUCUUUGUUUGUGUUACAGGACCACGGUCUGAGAGGAGAACAUCAUUUUAAGAGCACUCUGUGUGUGUCCGUAUGGGUGCUUGCAUGUAUGUGUGUGUUUGUUGAUUAUUCUGAUGGUGCGAUGCAUAUUUUCCCUCACUACUGAGGAUCUGAAAUAUCCUGUCUCUAAUAAUGUUUUAUUUGUAUGUUUACGUCAAAUAGACUGUUGGUCUUCCCUAUUGCCUUUCAAGUGCAGAAACUGUUCAGUGUGGGUAACAAACACUAUUUUGGACCCACAUUAUAUUGUGUCUUUAACUACUAUGUACUAACAUUUACAUUAAUCAUUUGAUGCAAUGCACUUAUUGUGUAUUUAUUUAUUUAAAUACCUGUUGUUAAUUUCUGUAAUUACCUCUAUAAUUACAAUGUUGAUCCUUGACUUACCCCACCUUUAAACUUAACCAUACCACAAAACCUCUCCCUAUACUUACCCGUAUCCCACCUCAAUAGCAGCAAAAGUAUUUUGCAAUACGAUAUGAACACAAUAAGCACAUGGUACCUAACAGUCAGUGUUCUUUUAGAAUAUUUACAGUGUAAUUAUACAAUUUAGUACUGAGUAAUAUAAUAUUAAUUAACUUACAUGUACUUGUUACACACAUAAAUAUAUGUAAGUACAUAGAAGUUAAAGGCACCUAAUAUAAUAUGGGACCACGUUUUUUUUUUUCUUUUUUCUAACCAGAGUACAGUACCAAACCUUAUAAAGGUUAGCCAUUUGUCAUAUUAAAGACUGUACAUAUAAGUGUGGACACUGGUUGAAGUAUUAAUAUUCUGUCCAUUGGACAUUUAGUCCUACAUAGUGUACAGCAUUGCUAGUAUCAACAUAGUAGGUUUGCUAGGUACUUUUCCAAGCGAUUGUUGCUCAUGAAAAGUUGUCUUACUUUUUUUUUUUUUUUUUUUUUUAGCUACUGUGCAGUGUGAACUUCAUGAACGUCAUCACUUUUUAUGAUGGCUAACUGUACAGAUACUAAUGCGUUUUAUCUUCUUAUUUUGAAGUGAAGUCUAUUGUUUUCUAAAUGUCUUUUGUGCCAAGAAUGGAAGCAUGUUUUGUGCCUCUAAAGCCUUUGUUUUCAUUCCCUUUCACUGCUUUUUCACUGUGUGUAUCUAUGAUUAACAGGGAUGGGACUUAGCUUUUGUGUUUGUUUUAUGCAUGUAGAGGCAUUUUAAAGCACAACAUGAUCACUUUGGGUUUAUAGUGACCAAACACUGUCACUUCGUACCACAAAUGAUGUUUCUAACAUCCUGAGAGACUUUCACCUCAUUUCCAGCAAGCACAAAUGACGGGUCAUUUUACCUGGAACUUAAAAUCGCAGACCUUCCUUUUUAUACAAGUGUAGAAAGCACACUGAGCCAAUUUUCUCCCAUGUUGCAAAUGCAUAUGCAUUGAAUUAACCUGUUGACCAGCUGUAAAUAACCUGUAUGGUAACAAAUGUUGUGUGACUCUUUGUAUUUCUUUCUUUGCUCCAUUCUUGAGUGCCAUUCUCAGUAUAUUGUUUGAUAAAAUCAUCUACUUGGACAGAUUGCUUGCACAGCGUGUCCUCAUUUGAAAUUGAUGGUGGCUUCCGUUUGGUUUAUUGCAUAGUGUUUUUAAUACAUACUGCAUACUGAUUUUAAUACUCGGUGCAUGAAUAACACUGCGUUGCAGACACUGACGGUGGUGCUUGACUUCUGUCUAACUUAGAGGACAGAAACAUGGAUAUAUAAUAAAAAACAUUUUGAUUUGAAUUGA